CCGACGAGGAACUACAACACCUAUUGUCCCAAAAUGAUCCACGUUUUGCACAAGAACAACAAUUCCCGACAACCAUCGAUGAAGAGGAGCUCGAGGAUGACGAUGGGGAGGAGGACUCGGGGGGCGACGGGACUCCGGAUGAUGAGCAAGAGGACGAGGGCCCUUCAACGACUACAACCCAAAUUGUUGGUGAUGACUUUGACGUUCUUAAGUGGUGGAAGGAAAAUGAAAGAACAUUCCCGAUUUUAUCAAAGAUGGCUAAGCAAGUACUAGCAAUGCCGAUAUCAACCGUUGCCGUGGAACAAGAAUUCAGUGCA